CAUAAAACAACCACAGAACUUAUUAACACUCGACCAGAACACACUUUACACGUUACACUCUAUCAGAAGCAUAAUGUUCCGGUGUGGGAUCGCGUACCCGCGGUGUCGGUGGAUCCUGCCGCUGCUGCUGCUGUUCGCCAUUAUAUUCGACAUUAUCGCGAUCGCGGCGCAGUCCGGCUGGGUGGAGGAUCAGGAUGCCAAAACACACUACGCCAGCAUGUGGAAGCAGUGCCGAGGCCGCAACGACCAGUGGGACUGCAAAUCCCUCAUGGAGUUACCUUGGGCUCAGGCUGUAGCCGCUCUGAUGAUCAUCGGCCUCAUCAUCCUCAUCUUGGCCUUCAUCAUCUCAUUAGUGGCUCUGUGCUGUACACUCAACAUCUCCCUGCUGCCCUUCAUCGGAGGACUCCUCAUCCUGGCCGUGAUCGUGCAGAUCAUCGCUCUGAUCAUCUAUCCGGUCAAGUUUAACGAGCAGAUCUACGAGGGUUAUUACGACUACACGUGGGCCUACGGUUUCGGCUGGGGCGCCACCAUCCUGACGCUGGGCUGCGGGAUCCUCUUCUGCUGCCUGCCCCGCUACGAGGACGAGCUCUCUGGCAUGGCCAAGACCAAAUACAUCUACCAAUCUUCCUAAGAGCAAAACACACUGAAAACACCUGAGAAAGGACAGUCUCACAGCACUCCGGCAUGAGAAACACUGAGAUAGCACCAGCAUUUACAAAUAAAACAGCGUCUGUGCUGAGAAAAUGGCCUUUUUGUCUCAUUUUUGGGGCAAUUUGGGUUUAUUUAUGACAGUUUUUAUUUACUGUAUUAUUCAUUCACGUUUGUUUUCAUUUAAAGGGGUAGCGCAUCCAAAAAUGAAACUAAAUUCACCAUUUAUUCUCCCUCAUGUCAGUUUCUUUCUUCUGUUGAACGCAAAAGAAGAUAUUUAGAAAAAUGGUGGAGAAAAUCAGCCAUUGACCUCUAUAGCAGGACAAAAAAGUAUCAUGGAAGUCAAUGGGUGCAUUUUUGGGUAAAAUUUUUUGGGGAACUGUCCCUUUAACAGGUAUACAUUCAUCUCUCCUAUAGAUAAAUCCGAUAGGUGGAAAUAUAUGCAAAUUACAUGUGUGACAUACAAGAAAAUGGGCCUUUUUGACUCACUUUUGGGGCAAUUAUGGUUCAUUAUAAGUAAAUUUUUAUUCAUUUUAUUAUUCAUUCAUAAAUAGAUUGGACAUUUAAAGGAAUAGUGCAGCUCAAAUAUUAAAUCACCAUAUAUGAACACACAUUAUAGCUAAUAGAUUUGAAUAGCAUAUAGCAAUAUUGAAACAUAAAAAACAUAAUAAUUAUAUAUAAGCAGCCAUUUUGCAAUAUUAUAAAAUAUUUGUUGCACAUCAGAUUAUUUUAUGUAAUUUGCAUAUAUUACCAUAUAUCAAGAUUUCUCUGUGUGUUGUGUAUUUUUUUUAGCUGUUCGUGACUUGUAAAAAUUAAUUUAGGAAGUACAGUAAUCAUAUUAAUAUAGUUUCUGAUUGACACUGUAACCUAUGAUGUAAAGUGUGACGGAGAGUUUUGCUGUUUGUAUAUUUCUUGAACAUCUCUUCAUAUUAACAUUGAGAUUUUUGACUAUGUAGCUGUACUUUAUAUGAAUUCAUGCAUCAUUCCAUGUGCUGGCCGUUGUUGUUGUUGUUUGGACAGGCAGAUUUAUUGCACAUUUCUCUAAAGUUAUCUAAUUGUUGGACCAGAAUGUGUUUUAUUUGAGUUUUUUGGCAGUGAAUAAAUAAAAAAACACUAAAAGAAAUGA